GUCGAGGAAUAUGAAGUCAGAGACGGUGAAAGUUGUGUGUGAAUUAGAUUUUUUAAAAAGGGCAAAGUGUAAAAGGCAGACAGGAUUAUAAUGUUAUGAUGAUCUUUACAAUUCUUGCUUAAAACAAUCACCUUCUAACACAUUCUUGUGUCUUUGAAAGGUUUGAAGACAGAAGGCGUAAAAAUACAGCAGACUGAGUAUUUUCAUCCACUUUGAAAAUGACACGUACCAUGCCACAAUUGAUCAGAGACUACUUGGAGGAGCGCCGGAUCCAGCGGAACCGCCUAGUGACCAAAGAUGGUCACUGCAAUAUUGAAUAUGGUCAUGUGAAGUACAGCAAUCGCUUUGCCUACCUGCUAGACUUAUGGACCACCGUCUUGGAGCUUCACUGGAUUUUUGUCAUGAUAUUAUUUACAGCUUCUUUCCUUCUCAGCUGGUUAUUUUUUUCACUUGUUUGGUAUUGGAUUGCCUACAGUAAUGGGGAUUUGUGGUGGCAAUACCCUUCAGCUGAUCAUAAACCUUGCAUAAUUAAUGUCUAUGGUUUGACCACUGCCUUCCUUUUUUCAAUAACAACUCAAAUGACUAUCGGCUACAGUGUCCGAGUCAUCACUCCAUUGUGCCCAGAUGCCAUCACCCUUCUCGUUAUCCAGACUAUAAUUGGUACAAUCAUUAAAAGCUUCUGGUGUGGAAUCGUUAUUUCCAAAUUUUCCUUGCCUAAGAAAAGAGCAAAAACAAUCAAUUUCAGCGAGACGGCUGUUAUCUCCCCCAAAAAUGGUGCCCUCUGUUUGCAGCUCAGAGUGGCCAAUCUUCGCAAAACUUUGAUGGUUGGAAGUCAGAUCUAUGGAAAAUUGCUUAGAACGACUAUCACACCUGAAGGUGAAACUAUCAUUAUGGACCAGAUCAGGAUUGAUUUCCUAGUAGAUGCUGGGAAAGACAACUUGUUCUUUGCAUGCCCUUUGACCCUGUAUCAUGUGAUUGACAAGACAAGCCCAUUCUACGAGAUGGCAGUGGACACUCUGCAACAGCAAGAAUUUGAGCUUGUAGUGUUUCUAGAUGCCACAGAUGAGUCCACCAGCUUCUUUUGCCAGGUUAGAACAUCAUACAUUCCUCGAGAGAUCAUGUGGGGUUAUGACUUUUUCCCCAUCAUAACCCGUAGCAAUGACGGAACAUACUGCGUGGACUUUUCUGAGUUUUCUAGAGUGGUACCCGUACUCACACCUCAUUGUGCCUAUUGCUUCAACAAUGAGACAGCCCAUAAUUAUGACUCCAGAUACAGCACUGAUGAUCAAGGAUUAAGUGAUAGACAACCAUCUGUAAAUUUACGAAAUGUUCAUAAAAACUUCUAAGUUGUAACCUUCUGUAAUGUAAAUGAAUUGAGCAGGGUCAUGGGAAAUGUUACUUGUUCCAAAAUACAUUCAAGGGACACAAAAAAUAGGCUCAAGAUACAGUUAAGAUACAUUUAAGUUAACAACCAUCUGCACAGGUAUUUGAGUUGAUAUUACCAGGAGAUACUGUACAUAAGAGAUGUUUUAUUAUAUUUAAAUAAUAGUCUAUACAUGAAUGUAGCUAGAUAAAGUAUAGCUUUCUUUCUGUAAAAUAGUUGUUGAGAUAAAGAUGACAUAUACCUAAUCAUCUAUAUAUCACUUGAUAUCACUAUUGCGAAGUGACAAGUGUCACUUCAGUGACAUUUAAUUCAGUUACUGGAUCAUCUGUUGAUCAAAAAUGGUAUAUCUUAAUAAUGUGUUACUGAAGAUUCCUAACAUGAGGAAAUCUAGUAUUCAUUUCUGCAUUUUGCUUGCUGUGUAACACCUUCCUAUUUGUCCUGAUGUCCUGAUUCUGAAUGGGCAAAUACAAAAACAAGCCUAAUAACCCGUCUAGAUCUACAUACUUUCAAGAAUUUAUUCUUUCAAGUUCAAUUGACUCUUAUUGUGAAAUUUGAAAUUUUAUGCUGUACAUGGGCAUUUCUAUAAUUAAUUAAAGUAUGUAAAGCUUAAGACAUUUCUUUUGGAAGCCAUUAUUUUUUACCAUAUUGUGUGAUACAGUGAUUACUUGAUUAUGAUAUGUCAAUAAAGAUUAUUUUGCGAACAUCUUGUUGUUUUGU